AUGAAGAAGUAUAAUAUCUGCAAGUUUUGGACGCGGUUCUACUCGAGUCCGCAGUUCUUCAAUGCCCGAGUGCGUGCGGGAGGGCUGCUAAACGAGAGUCAGCCUCGAGGGAACCUAUGGAGCUUCUUUCGGACCCCCGGGAACAUAACGUUUGUUACCACCAAUAUAGUUACCUUUGUCGGGAUAGUUACGUAUGACACAUUUGUCUCAGCUAAUGAGGAGCGAAUAUUUGAGGAGCGGUUGGCAGUUGCCCGCUUGAGUGUUGAGAAGAGCGGGAGAGAAGGUAUAAUACUGGAAGACACAGUGCCGAUGCUGCCCCAGCGGAGGCCCAGCGGGGAGGAAUACAUGGACAAGCAAGCACAGGACAAAGAGCUGGCGAAGCUGGACGACCAGAUCGAAAUACUGCGGAAAGAGCUCGAGGAGAGGAAGAAGCUUGACUUGCAACUGAGGCAGAUGGAGGCCAAUAUCAAGGAAGAGGCUGUGGAUAGCCCAUUGCAGACAUACACGGCGAGCGAGGUGACGCUGCGGGACAAAGGCAAGGUCAAGAACCUGGUGUCGCAGCGGGUGAAGAUGUCGCUGUUCCAGAUGGUGUAUUCAUUUUACUCCUACAAGUCAGCGCUGCUGUCUCAGAACAAGGAUAUAGAGCCUGAGAUGGACGAGUUUUACCACUUUUGGAGCGAGAAGUACGGGCAAGUGAACUGCGACAUGGAGAAGGUCAAGGAGUUCAAGCUGCCGGACUGGCAGAAGUACCCCAACCUGAUGAAGAAGUUCUGCUACCAGCUCUACGACCGGGAGAUCCGCCGGCUCUCGGACUUCGAACAUAUAUACUACUCUGCGGACUCGCGAGAGCUCAAGCAGUUGCUGCGCCUGUGGCUCUAUGACAACUGGUACCUCCUGAAGCCCACCUUGCGGUCAGACGAGGUGCUGCAGAGGCGCGACGGCAGGUUCUUCAAGGACCUGGUGAGGGACUCGCGCGGCGACCACGCCUUGUUCAGCAAGUACAUGUCUAUUGUGACCCAGGACAAUCCGCGCAGCGUGCUGUUCUUCCAGCAGGACAAGUUCAACCUGCCGAGCAUCUCCCUGGCCACAUACGUCUCCUUACUGGAGACCAGCGAGCGCACACACCACAACCUGACCACGGUGCGGCUCAUACAGCUCCUCAAGACCAACUGCUACCUGGACAAGAACCAGCACGUCCGCAUCCUCCUCGCACCGCCAGACGGACUACAGACGCCGCAGAUGGCCAAGAGCAGAAGGAUAUGCUACAGAUACCUCAGCAAGGACCGCAGGCUCACAGCACUGCUGGACACCAUCAGCAAGUAG